GACACUCCAUGCCUUGUUAAGCUUCUUUCAAUUUUGGUUGAAAUAUUUGGGCCCACUCCCUUAUUUUUGAAGAAUUAUAAGAAAAAUGAUGAGAAGUUGGAUAUCAAGUCUUAUCUGGAGUUUUUCAAUGAUGAAUUGCUCCCUUGGUGUUUGGAUGGAAAAUAUAGCACCUGUGACUCAAAGAUUGUUUUGUUACUUUCCUUAAUUCAAGACGAAUCCUUCUUUGACCAAUGGUGUUCCAUCAUCAAAUGUACCACAUCUGAACAAAAGCACUCCGUUGAUGAUAAGACCUCAAACAUUAUGGGGCGAUUUGAAUUGCUUACGCUGUUACUUCAGAAAAUCAGGGAAAGAAUUGUUGGGGGAAAGCUAAGAAAUUUACAGGAAAAUGGUUAUCUUCCGGAACAUUGGCGUCAUGAUAUAUUAGAUUCUACUGCAGCUUCUGUCUUCUGUGAUUUGCCUGCUUCAGAUUGUCAUGUUAGUUUUAUAUGUGCUGCACUUGGUGGCUCAGAUCAAGAGGAUCAAAUCUGCUUUCUUUCUCCUGAGACUGUUUGUAAAAUUCUUGGAUCCAUUUUAAAGAAUUUGGCAUUGGUACUCAUGGCAUCAACUUUUGAAUGGGCAAGGUUAGCACAUUCUUUGUUGCCUGCUGAACCUGAGCACUUGAAGGUUCCAGAAGGAAAUUCCUCAAUAAUUAACUUUGAGAUGGCUCGGUCUGCCUUUAAAGUUCUUCAGGGUAGCUUGUUUUCACUUCAGAGACUUGAGGAAAAUUCUGUAUUUCCUUCUAUUCUGGGAGCUCUUUUUGUCAUUGAAUGGGAAUGUAGCAUGUCUUUAGCUCUUGUUGAAGAAAAUUAUUUGGAAGAUCAUAUAGAAGACACGGAAGUUGGUGUUUCUAUGUGCAGCAGUUCAAAAGGUUAUUUGGAUGAGAAAAUGCAUUUGAAGGCUAACCUUGCAGAAAGCAUACAUGCUUUUCGCCAAAGCUUAAGUCCAUCCUUUUGGAAUAAUCUUCACUCAUGCACAUCGAAUAGAUUGGCAAAUAUUCUAGCUCAGUGUGUCAGGUAUGCUGUAUUUCAGACGAGAGACUUGCAUGUGGAAAGGACAGCAAUCUUAUGUUCCGAGUGGGUGGUGGACAUGUUGAAGCUCAUCUGUCUUGAUCACAGAAACUUGCAAAGUUUUUUUGAUCUUUUAUUAUCUGAGGGAGAAUAUUGGCCGCUCUGGUUGAUGCCAUCUUUACAAAAUGGGCAUGCAUCUGUGAAGGUCAAGCUGCAUCCAGAUAUUACAGAUGAAAUUGAACUGAAACACGAGCGAUUUGUUGCCUUUGUUGAUAGGCUUAUUCUCAAACUUGGCUUUAGUGAAGUGGUUUUAGGUAUUCCAGGAAAUAUACAGUCUGCCACAUCACAAUUAAUUGAUAUCACUUCAUGCAUCUUUUCCUUGUCCAGAGCAUGGGUGGCUGGUGAGGUCCUUUGCACUUGGACAUGGAAAGGAGGCUGUGCACUGAAAACAUUCUUACCUUCGCUGGUUCAGUACAUGAAAGACGAAUCAUAUCUUGAGAUCAGCAUUGUGCCCUUGUUGCUUGAUGCACUGUUAGGUGCUGCCCUUAUGCAUGAGAGUGGUCCAUGGGUACUGUUUAAUGCUUGGCAUCUUUCUGACAACGAGAUUGAUAAAAUUCAAGAUCGUUUUCUCCGUGCUCUUGUGGCUUUGUUAUUUACUAUUAAUACAAAUGAUUGUCUCUGGAGAGAAUCUGAUGCACUUGUAUUUUUUGAGCAACUGUUGAGCAAUCUUUUCAUUGGCUCAUCAGUUAAUAGAAAAUGCUUGAAGAUUCUACCCUAUGUUAUGACCUCCAUCAUAAAACAGUUCUCAGCCUUGAACAGAGGUUCUUCGUAUGCUGAUUUGGUGGGGAAAAGCAUACAGAGUUGGCUUGAUGCAGCCAUCUCUUGUCUGUCAACCAGCCCAAGGGAGAUACCUGUACAAGAUAUUGAGGACUGGAUGCAAGUGGUGUUGUCUUGCUUUCCAUUGAGGAUAACUGGAGGAGCCCAGAAAUUGGUAGUUGUGGUUGAGCGAGAGAUUAGUGAUACAGAAAGAUCACUAAUGCUGACUCUGUUUCAGAAAUACCAGAUUUUCUAUGGUAGUACAGCUUCAUCAUUGUUGACUAGUGAAACUGCAGUAUCAACGACAGUUGAAUUACUGGGAGUGAAACUGACAGCUGUUGUGGUUGGGUAUUGCCGGAGAAACCUUCAGGAGAAUGAUUGGCAUUCUGUGUUCCGCAUGGUAUUCAAGUGUAUUGAAUCAUCUGUUUUGCUUGUGGAAGAAAUGACUGAUGGCAUAAAUGAUGCCACAAUAAACCAGGUAUCAAGUGAAGAUGCCUUGGAGAAGCUUAAGUUAGUGGUUGGCACUACAGAUAAGUUAACAUUAAACCUUGCAGAAUCUGCUUUGGUUACAAUGUGUCACCUCAACCAUCUUUGUAAUAUCCAAGAAGCAGAAAAUUCCUGGAGUGUACAGCUUAUUAGAUCAGGGAACUAUGCUGAGAGUAAUGACAAGAUGGUAGAGAGUAUCCUCCGUUUGUUCUUGGCUUCUGGUGUUUCAGAGGCAAUCGCAAAAUCUUGCAGUGAAGAGGCUUCAUCUGUCAUAGGUUCUAGUCGCCAUGCUUAUUUGCACUUUUGGGAACUUGUGGCAUCAUUCAUAAAAAAUGCUCCACUGCAAAUUAGAAAGUCUGCACUGGAGUCCAUGGAACUUUGGGGACUGACCAAGGAUUCCGUCAGUGGAUUAUAUUCGAUUCUUUUCUCCUCACAACCAAUAUUUCACUUACAGCUUGCAGCUUUCUCUCUACUUCUGUCUCAGCCCUUCUGUCAGCUUUCACUGGUUAAAAAUUGUUCAAUGGGAGAAAAUUGCUCAUCUGUUCAGCAAUCUGGCAUAAGCCAAAGUGCUGAGUUGAUGCCAGAUUCAGAGAAGAAAGUGCAUCUAAGAGAUGAACUUUCAGACUUAAUCGAGUUCCCAACAUCUGAACUUCUCAAAACUGAUCUGACAGCUCGCGAUAGGGUUGAUGUAUUCAUUGCCUGGGCAUUGUUGCUGUCCCACCUGCAGAUACUACCAGCAUCUUCCAGUAUCAGGGGAGAUGUGCUUCAAUAUAUACAAGAAAAGGUUAAGGACUCUGUGUACGGCGAUGAGAAUUUCUCAGUUAGCGUCAACAGGUCAGCUUUCGAAAUUGUUGCUACAUACAGAAAGGAGGAGACAGGAAUUGAUCUUGUCAUACGCCUCCCGAAUUGUUACCCCCUGCGCCACGUCGAUGUUGAAUGCACAAGAAGUUUGGGUAUCAGUGAAGUGAAGUGCAGAAAAUGGUUGCUUUCCCUCACAUCAUUCGUCCGCAACCAGAACGGUGCAAUAGCAGAGGCGAUCUGCACAUGGAAGAGCAAUUUCGACAAGGAGUUCGAGGGCGUGGAGGAGUGCCCAAUCUGUUACAGCAUUCUCCACACCAGCAACCACAGCCUCCCACGGCUGGCGUGCAAGACGUGCAAGCACAAGUUCCAUGGCGCCUGCCUCUACAAGUGGUUCUCGACGUCCAACAAAUCGACUUGCCCGCUGUGCCAGACUCCGUUCUAG